AUGGCUAACUUUAUUCCAAACGCUUGGGAUCCAACGGUUUCACCUUACGAAGUUCGCAAACUCAGACCAAAUGUGAUUUCGCCAGUCAGGAAUGUGAAAGCAUCAUCCGCAACGGAUCCAGUAGCAUUCCUGGAGCAAAGUCUUGGACUGGAUAGCGAUUUGGAUUUCUUCAUUCGUUGCCAACCGGGAUCACGCAGGCAUGUUAUGCAUCUGGUCCACGAUUUGUUUCGGGUUGCAGAGAUUGUGGCCAAGGAAGGCAAUUGGGUCGACACGUUCUACGAAUCCGCUGAUCGAGUACCUCAUCGUCAAGCUAUUGUCGAGGCGGAGACAGGCCGUGCUCUGACAUAUGGAGAGCUCGAUGCCUUAUCAAGUCAAGGUGUAAAGCCUCUGUCUAUCAUACCGUUGAUCUUCGAAAACUCUAUUGACUAUGUCGUUACAUAUCUUGGUGUUCUCAAAAUUGGCUGCUGUGUUGCUGCCAUAAAUAAUAACCUGCGCGCUGCCGCCCUUAUACAUUGUUUGAAAGUGGCAACUGGAGAUUUAAUCAUAUUUGGAACGUCGCUUUCAGAGCCCAUCAAAGCAGUCUCGAGUGAAUUAUCGGCUCGCUUUGUUUGUAUGGGUGAUGAUUUCAAGAACGUUCAAUGGACAACUGGAUGCUGCCUGGCAGAUGUGCUACCGUUUGCAUCAGAACGGCUGCCUUUGGAAGUGCGAAGAGCUGCGAAGCCUACUGAUCUCGCCAUGUUCAUCUACACGUCUGGCACCACUGGAAACCCAAAACCUGUCAGUAUAAGUCAUUCCUCUAUCAUGAUUUCUAAUGUCACUGCUUCGACCCUUCCACGGUAUUUUGAGGAUGACAGAAUCUAUACAGCCAUGCCACUCUAUCAUUCGGCUGCUGGGAAUGUUGCCAUGUCGAGCGCGUUUUCACUUGGUUUGACAAUCAUUUUCGCCAAAAAGAUGUCUGCACGAAACUUUUUCAAGCAUUGCAUUGAGCACAAGGCCACAGUGAUACAAUAUAUAGGCGAGAUUGCUCGCUACAUCCUGGCGACACCACCAGAUCCAGCUGUGGAUCGAGGACAUAAAGUGAGAGUAGCAAUUGGGAAUGGAAUGAGAUCCGAAAUAUGGGGUCAAUUUAAAGACAGGUUCAACAUUCCAAUUAUUGCAGAAUUUUACGGAGCCACAGAUGGAAUCGGGUUGAUAACUCAUUACAAUGCGGAGGAGGAAACGAAUGGCACCUUAGGUAAAUUAGGUCCACUAUACCGUCUUCUUACUGGAAUGCGAAUCAUUCGCUUUGACUACGAAACAGAGCAGCCAGUCAGAGGAGAAGACGGCUUUGUUAUAGAAUGCGAUCCUGGAGAAGCUGGAGAAAUCAUUGCGGAUAUCAACCCGCUGAAAGGAAGACUGUUUAGAGGCUACCAUGGCGCUCCUGAAGCUACUGAAAAGAAAAUCUUACGGAACGCGUUUCGGAAGGAUGAUGCGUGGAUACGCAGUGGUGAUAUUGUGAUGUUUGAUCGUUUGGGAUUUGCUUAUUUCAAGGACAGAAUUGGGGAUACAUUCAGAUGGAAGGGUGAAAACUGCUCCACUCAAGAAAUUGGUGAAACCAUCGAUCGCUAUCCAGGAAUCAUUGAAGCAAACGUAUAUGGAGUUGAAAUUCCUCAGAAAGAUGGUCGUUGUGGUAUGGCUGGACUUCAAACAGAAUCGUCAUUCGAUGUUUCUGGACUGGGAAAAUUUUUGGUGAAAGAACUUCCGAAAUAUGCUAUACCGUUGUUCUUGAGGAUGUUACCAGAGAUACAAACAACUGGUACAUUUAAGCAAGUUAAGACCACCCUCCGUGCAGAGGGAAUUGAUUUGAACAAGAUCAAGGACAGGAUGUUCUUCUUUGAUGAGGAGAAAUCUACGUAUGUACCAUACACUACGCAAAUCUAUAAUGACAUUAUGGCAGGAAAGGCACGACUUUAA